CAAUAAUUUCUUGCUACGAAGCACAAUAACAAAAUAUGGCUGCAACAAAAAGUAACGAAAAUCCUUCGGUUUACCGUCAAAAUUCGUCAAAACACGGUGUUUUUGAGGACGAUUUUCUUUAUGGAGUCACAGUCGCUCAGUCGAGCAUCGAUUAUCGUUUGGGUAAGCGGAAAAAGCGAGUUUCUACAAGAUAAAUAUAUUUUACAUGUUUGGUACUUGAUAUUAAUAAUUGCGUUGUUUAUAAUGGGAUGAAAGUAACGUUUCUCUAUUGCAGAUGUUGUCGUAUUUUUUGCUUCUGAACGAUAAAUAUAGUGUUUAUCUGUUUAAAGAUACAUGUGUUUCUUCUACUACUGUAACAAAAAUAUUUUUGGUAUUUUUUAACGGUGGAAAACGAAAGUCAAUCUAAAGUCCCUGAAUUAAAAUACUAAGAAUGUCUUUGUGCGGCACAAGUCACAUAUUUACACUAAGAUAUUGGGGGAUAACAUGGCAAUUACAAAAAAAUACAUUAAAAAAUAGGGGCUUGCAGAUAGAAUCCAGUUCAACCUGAAAUCAUGAACCCCAACCAUAAAUCUAGAGAAUUAUAACUGAGAAGGGAAAAAAUAAACAUUACAUAUUGUAAAAUUUCCUAAAAGACAAACUGCCUUGGCAGGACUCGAACCCACAGGAUCUGUGGGGAUCUUCUAUCAUGAUACAGCUGCAUGCCAUAACCGCUGAGCAAUUAAUGCAAAGCUUGUUGAUUGCAUCUGCAAAAAAAGUUUUAUUAUAUCUGUGAUACGAGUGCAGGUUUAUAAAUAGCCGACUGCCAGGCUGGUUCCUUCCUCUUACUGUAAAUAAUUAAUUUUUAUCAUAGGAUUCCUACGAAAGGUCUAUGGCAUCCUUUCUAUGCAGUUGGGACUCACAAUCAUUGUUUCGGCUUUGUUUAUGUUUAUUGAACCAGUAAAAACCUUUGUUCAAGGCAGGUAAGGUCCGGAUCGUUAUCAUAGCCAUUCAGUACCAUCACCGCCCCCUCUUGAAAACCAUGACAAGUAUCACUACCAAUGCAUCACCAAUUCUACCAUAAUUAGUAUCAUCCCACUCAUCAUCACUGCUACCAUCAUCACCAACAUCAUCAUCACUUUCAGCAUCAACACUAUAAUCUCCACUACCAUAGCAAUUACCAUUUGGCACAGACAGAAUAUACCAUAAUAAAUCAAUAUACCACAUUUAAUUUUCUAGUCCAUCGCUUCUCAUUGUCUCUAUGUUUCUAUCCAUUGGUCUUCUCAUUGCAUUGGCAAUAAAAAGACGAGACAGUCCUGUCAACAUGUAUCUCCUUCUAGCUUUUGUAAGUUCAACAACUGAAUCAUUUUAUUAAUCAACCCGUUCACUGACCAAAAUCAUGAACGUCUCCUUUUAUUAUAAUCUGACCGCACUUCAUUGAUAUAUGUAAAAAUAAAAGUAUUGUCAGGGGCUGUUGCCAGGAGACAUUUUAGUAUAAUUUAACAGUACCUGUUUUCUAUUUAGACAUUGGCAGAAUCCUAUACUAUCGGGACAGUCGGUAAGAUGUGAUCUUGUCAACUCAUAACUUCUUAUUCUUAACACCAAAACAUUCGCCAGUACUCUCCCCUUAAUGAGUGAAUAUUAUUAGACACAGUAAAAUAGUCUGGCAUGAGACAGAAUAAAAUAACCUUAGGUGGUAAACAGAGUAAAAUAAAGUAGGGUGUGUCAGGACACAGUGCAAUGCAAUAUAUAUUGAACACAUCAACAUGCAGAUAGAACCCAUUCAGCACCAGCACUCUCCUCUUGAAAAGUAAAAUUAUGUGGCAUUAGACAAAGUAAAAUAAUCCAUACUGUGGGUGCACACCCCCCUAGCCCUGCUAUUUUUCAUGAUAAAGCAAAAAAAUAAUAGAAAUAAAAUGAGAUACUGUAAUUUGAGUAAAUGUCAUAAUAAUAUAGGGUGCAUUGGGGCGCAGUGCAACUCAGUGGGUUAAACCAUUUUGUGUUUUCUUUUUCAGUGACUUUGUACGAUGUGCAGAUUGUGAUUGAGGCUUUUGUUCUCACCAUUACGACAACAGUCGCUCUCACACUCUACACUUUCCAGAGCAAGAGAGAUUUCAGUAGCUGGGGAGCUGCGUAAGUUCUGUUCUACCUUCAACAAGCAAAAGGCCCUUUUCCAUUCAUUGCAAAAAACAACUAGCAAGUUUGCUGUGUGCACAUGAUACAUCUAAUUAAAAUAAACUGUCAAGUAUUGUGAUUGGGUGAAGUACAGUACUUUGCAGCGACCUUGCAAGUUCACUCUUGCCAUCGAUGAGUGGAAAAGAACCAAGUAAUAUGUUCCUGAAAAUGUCAUCCAGUGUGCUGUUACAAUGCAAGGCAUAACAUUUUGCCUCCUGCAUCUCAAACCCCAACCCAACAAUUAUUGGGCAACUUUCUGCUCAUGGAUAAAAAUAAUUUACUUUGAUACUCUAGAUUGUUUUCCACAUUAUGGAUCCUGAUUCUAGCUGGAAUUUUGCAGGUAAAUGUAUUUUUAUAUUUCAUUUAUCAAUUGGAAAUUUCAGACAUUUUGUUACCUGCCUUCAGAAACAUCUUCAAAAUGUUUCCUAAGAAAUUCGGAAACAUAAUGUACUGGGUAGUUUGUUUCCUAAGUUUAAUUUUGGUUUGCAUGAUAACAAUGUUACCAUCUUGAAAUGGGAAAUCUAAAUGUAAGAUCAUAACCUUAAAUAUAUUAUGAAGAAAAACAGAUAACAUGUUGCAGCCUGGCUUGCAAGAUUAACCCAUGGAGUACCAGAGCUCUCCCCUUGACGAGUAAAAUCACCUGGUGUUAGACAGAGUGAAAUCAUAAAGUAGGGUGCAUCAGGACAUAUUGCCAGUAUUGAAAUAAAUUAUGAAUUUUUGAGAAAUAUGGUUAGGAAACAAAAAAAAUAUUCUUCUGCAAGACCCUAGACCAGAGCUUUCAAUUAAAUUACAUUGAAUAUCCUAUUUUCUUGCAGUUAUUCAUUCAAAGUGAAAUUGUGGAGCUGGCAAUUGCAAUUGGUGGUGCGGUAUUAUUUUCAUUGUUCAUCGUCUACGACACCCAUAUGCUCAUGCAUAAAUUAUCACCUGAGGAAUACAUCCUGGCAUCGAUCAACCUGUACCUUGACGUUCUAAAUCUUUUCUUGGAGAUUUUGAAAAUACUUGAUGCACUCAAGAGAAAUUGAUUCUGCAAAACAUUUGUGGGUUACUGUACUCUUUGCUUUUACAUAAAAAGCUGAACAGUCAUAUUAUAGAACUAUGUGUUUUUAGUUUAGAUUGUGUUGCAGUUGUAGUACUGUGAAAAAUGUUAAAAUAAAAAUUGUUCGUCUUGUGUGUAGAUCAUCAAAACUAAAAUCAAUGACGUGUAAGUUGUACAGCAUAUGAGCAUAUUAUGUAUGUACAUAUGUGUCAUAUAUAUUAAACUAUUGACUACUUGCAUUGCGCCCUACAGUACUUUAUUAUUUUACUAUGUCUAAAGCUAGACUUGUCAAGGGGAGAGUGCUGGCCUGGUGUACAAUGGGUUAAAUGCAGACAAGUCUACAUUUGAGAAAUAAUAUCUAUAGUGGCAGUAAAAUCCACAUUGUAAUGUUUUUAAUUGCACUUUAUUUUAUGCUCCCAAUUUUGAUUUUUGACAUUACAAAUACAAAUUUAAGUUACCGGUGCUAUCACCACUGAAUAAUGUUGAAAAAUGAUGUCAUGAUGCACUAAGAACAAGUAUUUAUUUAAAUGAUGCAAUUGGGUUGUUUAGUGGACGCUCUGUAAACUUGUCUGAUUUCUUGUACGUUGCAAUUUGGGGAAUAGCCUGGAAAAAAAAAAUAGCUAUCAAACUCUACUGCUAUAUUUGUAAAAGAGAAAAACAUAAGUGUUAUGUUCAAAUACCUCAAUUCUAUCAGCAAAAG